AUGGGACAAGCACCAUGUACGUCAAUCACUCCUCUUUUAACACAUUAUUCUGUAUCCAUGCUCUCUGUCAAUGACACAGAGUUACAUAACUCGUUGCAAAGGUUCUGGUUGCAGGAAGAACUACAUCCAUGCAAUAAACGGACAGCGGAAGAAGAACUUUGCGACAAACAUUUUGACGCCACUCACGCGAGAGAUUCAGACGGACGUUACAUUGUCAGUCUUCCAUUCAAACAGGCUCACCCCCCUCUUGGAGCUUCUAAGCUUGCUGCAGAGCGUAGAUUUCGCGCAUUGGAACACAAAUUCCGAACUCAGCCUAAUUUUUCGGAACUUUAUCAUGAGUUUAUGAGUGAUUACCUCUUAGCAGGUCACAUGGAAAAAGUUUCUACCAUUGACUUAUCUCAACCUCAUUAUUUCCUCCCUCACCAUGGGGUACUAAAGGUAACUAGCAGUACCACAAAGCUACGCACAGUUUUUGAUGCUAGUGCGCAGACUAGCACAGGUAUCUCUCUAAAUGACGUCCUUCUCACUGGACGAAAACUCCAAACAGACAUUUGUGACAUUUUACUUAAUUUUAGAGUCCAUAAUGUUGUUUUUACCUGUGACAUACGGCAAAUGUACCGACAAAUUCGAGUCCGCCCAGAAGACCAGAAUUUUCAGCUGAUCCUAUGGCGUGAAGACCCCUCUCACGAGCUUGACAUCUACAAGUUGACAACAGUGACCUACGGCUUAAAUAGUUUCCCCUAUCUUGCCAUAAAGACCUUGGGACAACUGGUGAAGGAUGAAGGUGAAGCUUUCCCUGACGCAGCCAGAAUCAUCAUCUCUUAUUCCUAUGUUGAUGACAUCAUCACAGGCUCCGUUGACGAAGAAUCAGCCCUCCAACUCCAGGGUCAACUCAUCGCCCUUCUGAAGAAAGGUGGAUUCGAACUCCGGAAGUGGUCGUCAAAUUCUCCUCGCCUACUGGAAGCAGUUCCAGAAGAUCAUCGUGAGACACCUGUCUUUUUGCAAGAUCCAGAGCAACCUCAUUACUCCAUCUUAGGACUACACUGGUCACCUACUACGGAUUCCUUCUCCUAUCACUUGGACCUACCCUCCGGCGCUUGUACUAAGCGUCAACUACUCAGCAACAUCGCAAGGAUUUACGACCCUUGUGGUUUUUUAGCACCCAUAACAAUGUGGUGCAAAUGUUUAAUGCAACUCCUGUGGACCCAACAACUGGGAUGGGAUGAACCCAUAUCCAGUGACCUCGCCGACAAGUGGCAUUCUUUUGUAUCAGAAUUAUCAGAAAUUUCUCAGAUUAAUAUACCUCGUGCAUUUCAUUUUUCUGAAUCUCGCAGCAUGGAGUUGCAUGGGUUCUCAGACGCCUCAGAGCGAGGCUACGCAGCUGUGGUAUAUACUCGCUGUUUGACCUCUAAUAACACAGUCAUAGUCAGACAAGUUAUUGCUAAAACCCGUGUUGCCCCACUCAAAAAGGUCACUCUCCCCAGACUCGAGCUAUGUGCCGCUCAUUAA